GAGGCGCUAGCCGGCAGGUUGUGGCAGAAGUCAGUGUGUCAAUGCACUGCUAACUAACUGUCCGACUCACAACUAGUUGGAGGACUUCGAAGCGGCCGUCUCGCUAGAGUCGAAACUCACCCGGCGCCGCCGAAGGCGAUGGAGCUGGACAAAAUGGACGAAAACGACUGGCGCUACCACGGCGAGGGCAACAAAAGCCUGGUUGUGUCCCACGUACAGCUGUCCAAAGUUCUUCGCCUGCUCAAAUAUCCCGCCGAGGACUCUGAAAACCCGCCACAGACGGCAGAGCAGGCCUUCAGGCAGAUCCAAAACAUCGUGGACUUCAGCUCCAACGUGAUGAGCUGCCUGCUGGGCGACAAGUUCAUCCACAGCGGAGAAGUGGUCAAGCUGCCGCUGGAGUUUGUGCGGCAGCUCUCCAUCAAAGUUCAACAUCAACGACCCGCAUGGCGCCGCGACAAAGUGAUGGACAUCUACAGUGGCUGCGCGCUGUGCUUGCCCAACCUGACGUGGCCCGGCCUCCUGCAGCACACGCACAUGCCGCCGCUCUGCGUGGAAAUCAAGCCCAAGUGCGGCUUCCUGCCGUCCGCCAAGCACAUCAGCCGAGACAUCAAGAACAAAGUGUGUCGCUUCUGCAUGCACCAACACUACAAGGUGGCCAGCGGGCGCUGGAAGAGACGCAGCCUCUACUGCCCGCUCGACUUGUUCUCGGGGAGCAGAGCCAGGAUGCACUUUGCUGUCCGCCAGCUCAUCGAAGAACCUCAGAACAACUUCAAAAUCUUCAAGGGGGGUCAGUGCAUAUACGCCAGCAAAGAGUGCACCGGCGGCGAGGACUCGUCAGACCUCAACUCUCUGCUCUACCACCUGCGGCCUUACUUCCUGUACGCCAACUGCAUCCACGUGAGCGGCAAAGCCGUCCUCAGCGACUUCAUCCAGGUGCUGGUCAACGCCCUACUCAGCGGCGGCGGCGGCGUGGCAGAGCGACGGCAGGAGGGACGGACUUUCUGCGACGCCAGUCUUUUCAACAAGGAGCGACAGCGAUACGGCUCUCAAGGUUUGCCCAGCGAAAGCGUUCUGUCCCGCAUCCUGCGCACGCAAAUGCUGGACAACUUGAACAUCGAAGGCCUUUACCCGCUCUACCGGCGAGUGGAACAACACCUGCGUGACUUCCCCAAGGAGAGGACCAGCCUCCAGGUGGACGGUCCGUACAACGAGGCCUUCCUGGAGCGUCUCCAGAAGUGUCCCGCGGAGGAUGACGGCUCGCUGAACUUUGCUGUGUCAAAGGUGCAUCAGUACCGCGUCGCCAUGACGGCCAAGGACUGCUCCAUCAUGGUCGCCCUCGUGCCCAGCGCCACCAGUGACCAGGAUGACGACGACCAGGACACCUUGUGUGCCGCUCAGCGUCGCCUGCAGGACUUUCUGUCGUCCCGAACGCCCGCCUUCUCCUACUCGGUGUCCAUGCUGGACCUCGACCCCAAGCCACUGGACAGCAUCCCCCUGCAGCUGAGUCUGGACCACAAGAUUGUGCAGUGCUACGCCAGAACACUGGCCGCCUCUGAGCGCGACGACCGCACGUUGCACUUCAGGCCCGUGUGAGUGGGCACCGACCGCCGCUUCCCGGGAAUUCCUCUGGCGUAAGUUUCGACUCCCUGAACGGAUUCCCAAGGACCUUGAGUUUAGGCAUCGCCGUGGCAACGCUGCUUUCCUGGAUCGUGCCAAGACAGCCUUGGAGGCUGGUCGUGAUGUCAUUUGCUGAAUGUAUUGCCAAGGCGCCGAGGACCUGAGCUGGAACGCAUUUUUACCUGAGCUCAUGUGACCCCGCGUGUGCCCCCUUUCAAACGAUCCUUAUGUUUCUGAGCCCAAGAUUGUGAACAAAAGCAUGACGUUGUUAUGAGCAGCUUUGACGCACGAGGUCGCAGUCCGGAACGUUGCGCUCCUGAGAUUGCUACAUUGAAGUUCAUAUUCACACAAAAAGCGCCACACUGGGAUGAUAGGUUGACUUUUACACGCGGCGUGGAAAGGGAUACGUGCGAUGUCACUUCCUGUCGGCAUCUUUGCUCGUGGUGCCAUCUGCACGUGGGUAUUUUUCCGACGCGAUCUACUCUGGACUGUCAGGAUGAGUUUUGCGUCCAUUGUGGGAGGGGCUGCGCCACCUACAGUAUGCAUGAAUGGAUCAGAGAAAAAGAAAAGACCCCAAAUAAAGUGUAAGGAUCAUGGUUUUAAAAAAAGAAAAAAGAAAAAAAAAGAUUUAUAGACUUUGGAGGAAUUUUUAAAAUGGUGGCGUGCGUGCAAACAUUUGGUGGGGGUACAAAACUAUUUGUGAAAAGAAAGACUGCUUGUUCUGCCAUUUUGUAUGUAAAUUAUUUAUUUUUGUAGAUUUUGACCAAGGAGCUCUGCUGUCACGUUCACAAUUUAGACUGGAGCAAAGUAAAACACUUUGAAACACA